AUGGCGGCCGAGGUGGAUUUCGGAGACCGCGAGCUCUUCGAGCAGCUGGAGGAAGAGGACGGGCCGCCGCCCCCGCCUCGCCUCAGCUUGGAGGAGGAGGAGGAGGAGAGACCCGAGAAAGCGCUGGAGGAGCUGUACGCUCGGCUGCGGGACCGCGAGGAGACGGUGCGGCGGCUCCGGGAGGAGAAUCAGGAACUUAAAAGGAAGCUGAAUAUUCUGACUCGUCCUAGUGGAAUUUCAGUGGACAGCUCCAAAUUUGAUGGACCUCUUCUACAGAUCUUAUUUAUGAACAAUGUGAUUUCUAAGCAGUAUCACCAAGAAAUUGAAGAUUUUGUUUUUAAUUUAGUUAAGAAAUACGAAGAGCAGAAGAGAGGUGAACAAGAAAAAACGCACUUCAAUGUUAAGCCACAGCCCUCCAGUGUUCUUUUGGAAGAGGACUGUAAAACAGCAAGUUCGACUUCUGUUAAAAAAAUGAAAGAAGCUUUUAGUGUUGUAGGAAGUGUUCUGUAUUUUACCAAUUUUUGUCUCGAUAAACUGGGACAGCCUAUAUUAAAUGAGAAUCCACAGCUGACAGAAGGAUGGGAAAUACCUAAAUAUCAGCAAGUUUUCAGCCAGAUUCUCUCCCUAGAUGGACAAGAAAUACAAGUAAAACCAAAAAGGCCAAAACCGCAUUGUUUCAAUUGUGGCUCUGAAGACCAUCAAAUGAAAGACUGUCCAAAGCCACGAAAUGCUGCUCGUAUAAGUGAGAAGAGAAAGGAAUUCAUGGAAGCUUGUGGUGAAGCGAGCAAUCAGAAUUUUCAGCAGCGUUAUCAUGCAGAAGAAGUAGAAGAGAGGUUUGGAAAAUUUAAACCAGGAGUAAUUAGUGGGGAACUUCAAGAUGCACUUGGUGUCACAGAUAAGAGUCUUCCUCCAUUUAUAUAUCGCAUGCGUCAGCUGGGUUAUCCCCCAGGUUGGCUCAAGGAGGCUGAAAUGGAGCACUCGGGGCUUGCACUUUAUGAUGGAAAAGAUGAUGGUGGAACAGAAGAUGAAGGAUCUUGCCGACAAAGACGCAUCACUUACGAUGUCUCUAAGUUGAUAAACUAUCCAGGCUUUAAUAUAUCCACUCCAAGUGGGAUCCCAGAUGAAUGGCAGAUAUUUGGUUCCAUCCCCAUGCAGCCAUCUCAACAGAAGGAUGUUUUUGCUAACUACCUUUCUAAUUUUCAUGUGCCAAGUCCAAAAUCUAGCAAUAAAAGGGCUGCAUCUCAGUCAAGGUCUCAUCAUUCAAAACGACCGAAAGAAGACAAUUUGGAGGUACCAGCAGAUGACAUGGACGUAGAUUCUGAUCUGGAAGCAUCACAAAGAUCUCAGACUCCUAACAGUUUUCAGUUCCAACCUCCGCUGCCUCCUGGACGUCCAUCGAUGUCAACUCCUCCUCCCCUACCACGAGGAACACCUCCACUAAAUCCUACACUGCCUCAACCUCUGACAUCCACCCGCCCUCCUCUUCCUAGGACUGCUCCACCAGUGAAUCCUUCCAGUGAUAUUCCUCAGCCAAAAAUAGUGGACUCGGUCAUGGAUGAGGAUACCCUGACCUUGGAAGAGCUAGAGGAACAGCAGCGAUUAAUCUGGGCAGCACUAGAGCAGGCAGAAAGCACAAACAGUGACUCUGAUAUUCCUGUUGAUACACCUUUAACUGGAAAUUCUGUUACCUCAUCACCAUCUCGGAACGAAGUAGAUCUUAUUGCAGAUGUAAGGUCAUCUGACAAGGUGAUUACAGUGGAAACUAGGUUUUCCGACAUGGGUGAACAGGCAUCAGAAAAUGAACCUUCUAUAACUAGUCCUAAUCCAGGAGAUGGUUUACUUCACUUAAAGGAAAAUCCUGAUAAUACAGAUUCUGAAGGCUUGUUGGAUAACACCAUGCCUGCUCCUGACCGUAACCCUAACGAUGGGGAAAAUACAGGUGGUAUUAAAGUGGUCACAAGCAUUGAAUCAUCUGCAAAGAACUCCAGUCUCGUUCCCGAUAUGAGCAAGUUUGCUGCAGGCAUAACACCAUUUGAAUUUGAAAAUAUGGCAGAAUCAACAGGUGUUUAUCUACGAAUAAGAAGCGUGUUAAAAAAUUCCCCAAGAAACCAGCAAAAGAAAAAGACUUCGUCUUAA